AUGCGAGGAUUGGAAUGGGAUGACUUGGGAGUGAAAGGUGAAGGCCGGUUUUUGCACCACCUUCGUUUCGCUGAUGACAUCUUUCUUAUAACAACAAGCAUCAAUCAGGCGGAACGGAUGCUGGCCGGAUUUGAUGAAACGUGUAAAAAGAUCGGUCUUCAGCUAAAGCUAGUCAAGACGAUGUUCAUAAGGAACGGAUGGGUUUUUGAUGCCCAUUUACGCUCAACAGAACUAAUAUAUCUGAGUGUUCCAGCCAUGCAUAUCUAUCUAUCAUAUCUAGGUGAUACCGCCUUCGACUGUGCUACAUCUGCCCUUAGAGUGGGGGCGACAAGAGUUGUGAUAGCAUUUCGUAAGGGCUUCACAAAUAUACAUGCAGUUCCAGAGGAGAUUGAUGUUGCUCGUGAAGAGAAAUGCGAAUUUAUGCCGUUUUGCUCUCCGAGAAAUGUUAAUAUGAAGGACGGAAAGAUAGUGUCGGUAGUGUUUGUUAAGACUGAUCAGGACAGCAGAGGUAAUUGGUAUGAGGAUGAGGAACAAACGAUUACACUAAAGGCAGACUACGUCAUUUCUGCCUUUGGAUCAACGCUGCUUCAGGAAAAAGUUAUAUCUGCGAUGUCGCCUGUGAAGAUGAAUAGUUGGGGCCUUCCCGACGUAGACAAAAGUACACAGUCGACAAGCGUACCUUGGGUAUUCGCAGGAGGUGAUGUAGCGGGAGUGGCUGAGACGACUGUGGAGUCUGUAAAUGAUGGCAAGUACCACCACGAUCAAGGUGGAAAGCCAAAAGAGGUUCUGCUGUUUAUGGACGUGAUGCAGUAUUCAAUGCAACAGCAAAGCAGUGGUUCCAACAAUUACGUUCCGGUAAUGGACGUUAAAGAUGAGGUGCGGUCUCGUAGGCCAAUCGUUGAAAAUGUCGAUAAAAUCAUGGAAAUAGUCAAGUCGGACGACCAUAUGAGCGUGUAUUCUAUUCCCUGCGAACUGAAGUUUAGCCAGGAAACCGUCUGGAACUAUUUGAAUAAUGCAGAAUUGGCCAGUAGGCGAGAUGUUGUCCAUCAAUCAAUCAAGAUAACGCCAGGCUGCACGUUUUUGGCCGCGUGUCAGAAGCUCCGAGAGCUUGCAUGGGUCGUUCUACCCCACUCACCGCAUAGUCCAGAAGUGGCAUCAAGAGCGUAUCAUCUUUGCGUCAUGUGA